AAUUCGUUAUAUUUACUAAUUAUUUCUCUCAGUGUAGUCGCAAAUGUCAAAUUACUCUCUGAGAAUUGAUUUUUUGUUUGUUUUGGAGAUUAUCUCAAUAUGUAAUACAAUGUCUACCAAAGAUACGAGCCUAGAAACGGAUAUCAUUAUCGAGCUGCUGGAAAUAUACAUCAACUCAAUACUAUUCGCUCGUGAACUCUACCCGGCUGCAAUUUUCCGCGAACGCAAGGCUUACAACAUACCUCUGAGGAUUUCAAUUUUCAAACCGUUGAACGAAUAUCUGGAGAAAACAUUGCUCACUGCACGUGAAUUGAAGCAAUUGCACAAGCUCACUAAAGUAGAAAUAUUGAUCUACAAGGAUGAGACGAUUUGUUUGGAAAGUUACGUGUUCGAGCUGGAAGACCGAGAAUUUCCUCUCGAAACGGACGAUCAUUCUAUCGAGCUAGAAGCACAAGUUCGCAAAUCCUUAUUGAACCUGGACAGCCAACUGAAGGGCUUAAGAAAGUUACCUUCAGACGCAACAUUCAAAGUUUUACUGCAUACAACCGAAGCGGCUUUCGCUCGGAUUGAGCAUGAUCCUCAACUACAAAAUUAUCCGUUCGUACAGGAGACUAGUCAGGAAUUGAAACAUACAACGAACACUCAGCUAUUGCCCGUAUCUCACACAACAACCGUAGGGAUUCAAUUAUAUGUCGAAGAGUAUCUAUGAAGGAAAAUUAUAUUGUAACAUUAAUGA